AUGGUGGAAUAUGGUGCAGAUUUUCAUGUUCAAACAGCUGCUGGACGAUUAUUAACAGUUGGUUUGCAUAUGUUAAGUUUAGUAUUAGUAGCAACGUAUACAGUAAAUUUAGCAUCUGAUUUAACAACAUUAAAAUCUGAAGAUUUUAUUUCAGGAAUUGAUGAUAUCAAAAAUGGCAAAAUAUCUUUUAAUUGUAUUGGUAUUAUUACUGAAUCAUCGUUAGACGAUUUUUAUUUACGUGAAAUUUCUCAUGGUAGUAGAAAUUUUUAUCCAUUGAAAUCACCAAAUGAAUUAUAUCUUAGCUUAUUAGAUAAUGAUAUUGAUGUAGCCAUUUCGGAUACUGAUCUUUUAGAAUAUAUGACGAACAAAGUCUAUUGUAAUUUAACACUUGUUGGGGGAGAUUUUAGUCGUAGUGAAUAUGGUAUUGCUAUGCCUAAACAAUGGAUAUAUAAAAAAUAUUUAGAUGUCAUUAUAUUAUCAUUAAGAGAAUCAGGUGUUCUUGAUGAUUUAAAGAGAAAAUGGUUUGAAGGAAAUAUUUGUCAACAGUCAUUUUCAUCUGAUACAUCUACGAGUAUAAACAUUAUUGCAAUGACUGGUUUACUUCUGACUUUUUCAGGCAUUAGUAUUCUAUCAUUGGUAUUACAUGCAUAG